AUGCGUCCACCACCACCACAAGGCUCAUCGGUCCCUCAAAACGACGGCGUCUCGAACCGCACAGAUUGUGGUGCAUCUUCGUGCAAUUACAGUCGAGAGGCCACAUUCAUUCCACCAUCACCAGCGCUUCCUUCCGCCACAGCUACCGUCGCCUCCUCCUCCACCUCCAUCACGGUGCCGUACGCAAAUGACAGUUGGCUACGUUGUGGCACGAAACCGAUUUCCCAACAUAUUGUCACCACUGUGUGA